GUAUGGAACCAAGGCUGAUAUAAAUUAUUAUUAACGUCGCUGGAGGAGGUUCAGUACGACUUUACCAGUCAAACAACGAGGGCCUUUCUAGCGGCAACGAGCGAUCACAGCAUCGAAUCCUUAGCGACUUGUCUUCACAAUGGUUCAGAGCAGUAAAAUUGUAUGUGUGGCCCUGGUGGCAAUUUUGGGUGUUUUGGGGGCCGAGGCCCAGAAUCCCUGCCAAAAUGUGCAGGGCAUGGCGAAUUUGAAUGCAACUCGACUUGCCGGCAUGUGGUAUGAGGCAGUUCGGGCUCCCGCUGCCAAUGUGGCAUGUAUUCGAGUGAACGCCCAAAACGCCAACAACAACACCCAAAUGACCAUAACAACUUGGUCAUCGUCUUCAACGACGUCGUCUUACAUGAAUCAACAGCAAAGCGCCACUCUUAAUGUGACCAUGGUCAAUGCCAACACCGGUUUCAAUGUCACCUACAACUCCACCAACUCAGUGAACACAACCUACGUUAUUUUGGAUACGGACUACAACACCUACGUCUCUGUGUGCGGCUAUACCACACCCAAUGCCAACAGCUCCUUCGGAGCUAUCUUCACAACUUCUCAAAGUCCUAACAGUACCUGGGUCGAUGGACUGGUGAAUGCCACAUCCCAAGUUCUUUUGAACUUCAACAGCACGACAGUGUCUAAAGUUAACCAAAUGAACUGCUAUGCCAGUUCCGCCUCCACUUCGCUGCCCGUUCUCAGCUCAGUGUUUGCAGCACUCUAUGUACUCGCAAAAUUCCUAAACUAAUGACGUUGUUUUUUUUUUUUUAAAUCUAACUCUAACUGUAACUCUAACCCUAACCCUAGCGCUAUCGCUGUUUCUAUUUAUUGAAUUGUUAAAUAUCCAAAUCUGUUACCUAUGCCAACGAAAUAAAAUAAAAGCUAAACUCUAAGGUCCCCAUGA